AUGGAUGUUCAGAUGAACAUGGAUAAAAUAGUCGACGACAAGGCGCAGCACUCCAUGGAUGAAGUGAAUCGUGUGAUAUUUGGUCAGAGCACUCGGAGCCCUCAGAUCCCUACGAAGGAAGAAGGAAAUGCGAUUUUUAUGCAGACAUUACUCAAACAGAAUGAGUUACUAAUGAGGAUGUUAGUGCUAAAGGAGAAUACGUCAAAUGAGGUAUACGCUCCACCGGACUUCUCCAAAAUACUACCAACGUUUGACCAACCUAAAGACAUGUAUACCUUUUGUGCACACUAUAUAACAAACAUUUCUCACCACACUGGAAUUAACUUGUCAAGUACAAUAACAUUUAUUCCAAAUACAGUGAAACCUCGAUAA